AUGAGCAAUGAAAAAUUGAAAGAGGUAAACAUCCAAUUUAUGCAUGUUUCAAAAAAAAAGAAUACAAAUUCAGGACCUGAAUCCUGAAUUUCAGGUAUACUCGAAUCAUGUGACUGAAAUAUUGCGAACAAUUGGAAAUAGCGCCGCUUCGUUUUCCGAAUUGUUAGGAAAUCAAAGCUUGGAUAUUGCUAUUUUGAAUGUCGAAGCAUAUUUGAUUAUGUUGAAAGGAUUGAGAGAAGAUGUGUAAGUAGUUACUGUACAUAGAUGUGGGAAAAGAAUGUGGGUAAUAUUUGGAGAAAAUCAGAAAACCCACCAGGUUCUAAAAUUCAUUGAAUUCUUGAAACAGAACAAGAAAACCCUGAAAAUUUUUUUUAAUUUGAAUUUCUCAAAAAUUCAGAUUUCUGAAACUUUUCAUAUUGGAAAACUGAUAGGAUAUUUCAAUUCCAACAAUAUUUUUCCAGAGCCUCAAAAUCUCCUCUCACAGUUGUUAAAAUGAGUCCAAUUGAAGUUAAUCGAAAUGUAUUUUCUGAUGUUCAUCAAUCUCCAAAUGCUACAAUUAUGGUGAGAAUCUACAGUAAUUCUACAUUCCGUUUUAUUUUUAAUUUUAGCUUCAAGAAGAAACAGUAAUUGAUGAAACAAGAGAAAUGGAUGAUUCGAUGGUUUGUUGGACUUUUUUCACCAAGAUUUCGUGAAGUUCAAGAUUGAUUUUUUCAGAAUGAUCGUGGAUUCUUGGCGGAUGACAGUGAAGAUGGUAUUGAUUCGCUGUUAACGAUACAAAACGAAUCUAGAUUACAGGUGAGUGGAAAAGGGUUCUAGCCACAGUCCCUUCAAAAAACCUAUUUACCCCACAGUAUUUUUUUCAGGCUCAAGAAGAAUCGACAUUCUUCGAUGAGACAAGAGAAAUGAAUGAUUCAGUGGUUUGUGUUUUUUUUAGAAUUAAUUGAAUCCCGAGAAAAAAGUUUUUUUUUGCAGAAUGAUCGUGGAUUUUUGGCGGAUGUUAGUAGUAAUUGUGAACGCCGCUCCAGACAACCAAGUUUCAAUUUUGAUUCGAUUUUAUCGGUGCAAGAAUCGAGAUUACCGGUGAGUUUUGUUUUUCGAAAUUCGAGGAGUGUGCGGAAAAUUCAAAUUGUUUGGAAUAGGAAUUCCUGAUUCCAAAAUUUUUCUGAAUUAAAAAUUCUGUUUAUGUCAAACAUCUUGAACUUUUUCCAGUCAUCUUUUGAAUUUGAGCAUGAAACUCCGAUCUUCUCCAAAAUGAUUCGAGGAGAAAUUGACCAAUCUGUUAUAGUCGUUGAAAAUACACCGUAAGUUACUCUUCUUUUUUUUUUCCGAGUCCGAAUUUCCCUUUUUCCAGAAAACCUCAAAAAUCAACUGAUGUUUCAACAACAACACCACCAAAUUUGUGGAAUGUUCAACUUCGCCCAGGAAGUAAUCGAAGAAUUUCGGAAGAAAUUCGACAAGAAAUUCAGAGACAAUUUCAAAAUGCUGAAUAA